GCUUUUUAUUUGUUUAUUUAUUCUCUCCUUUUCCUACUGCUUUUCUCUCGGUGAUUUUUGUUUUCAAGAACAUUCUUCAAUUUUUUUAAGUUAAAUUUUCUUUUUUCACCUCCUGGUUUGUGUUCGGGGGGUCGAGUUUUUAAGAUGGAUAUCGAGCAAAAGCAAGCCGUGUUGAUCGAUCGCUUCGUUAAGCAAGCGUCGGCUCAGAAAGGGACGGCCCUUGGUUCCGUAAUCGUCGAAGCAACGUCGCAUCCUUCCCUCUUCGCAUUCUCCGAGAUUCUUGCCGUGCCCACCGUCACCGAGCUGGAAGGAACUGAAAACUCGGUGUACCUCGAGGUGCUUCGCUUGUUUGCCCAUGGCACAUGGAGCGAUUACAAGAACAAUAGUGGCAGUCUUCCUCAACUGGUUCCUGAUCAAGUUCUCAAGCUAAAGCAACUUACUGUCCUUACACUUGCCGAGACAAACAAGGAACUCCCAUACGAUCAAUUAAUGCUGGAGUUAGAUGUCACCAAUGUCCGUGGACUUGAAGAUUUUCUUAUCAAUGAGUGCAUGUAUGCGGGUAUAGUCAGAGGAAAGCUGGAUCAACUGCGAAGAUGUUUUGAGAUUCACUUUGCUGCUGGGAGGGAUUUGAGGCCUGGACAACUUGGGAGUAUGAUACAAACACUGUCCAACUGGUUGGAAACAUCAGACAACUUACUAAUCUCAAUUCAAGAGAAGAUAAAAUGGGCUGAUGCUAUGAGUGAGUUGGACAAAAAACAUCGAAAGGAGGUCGAAGAUAGGGUUGAAGAAGUAAAGAAGUCCAUCACUGCCAAGAAGUUACACACUGUAAGCAGGCCGAAGUUGACAUCCGAGGGCUUGAGGAGUUGUUCUCUGAACCUGGUGGAGUGAUGGACUAUGAAGACCGAAGCCGACCAAAGAGGAGACGGCAUCCAAGAUAGAGAACAUCAGCCAAUUGGGCCGUUGUUUAGUUGAAUAGCCAGAUUUUUGUUCACAACAUUUCAGCAACAGAUGAAAUCUGAUUUUUGGGACAGUGAUACUGCUGCCUGCUUUUGUGAUUGUUGCUUUAAAAUUUGAGAAUCACACCAACUUGUGAUGAACCCCUUGUUUAUUCCAUUUUGAGUUGGGAAGAACAGGACCUGAUCAAGUGGUGAGGCUUAAACAUUUGAAGCUAUUAGAUACCCAAGAUUUACAAUUCAAGUUAUUGUACCUUUUUAUGGUGCAC